CAAUGUCCAAGGCUGAUGCGACUCGGUAAAGGAGGGUGGGAGAGGUCUGGGCGGGGAGUAGACUAUCAAGCGCAUAAUCUGGCAAGCACUUGGAACCGUGUGUGCAUUUUCAUGAUCGGAUGAUCGUUUAGCCCUAAAUUUAAUGUCGUUACAAAUUUAAUUUCUCUCUUCCAUUUUGAUUUAUUUUUCUAUUGCGUUGUACAAUGUAGGCUAUAGCCUUACGUGCGUGCGUCCAGUUCCAAUCUUAUUGCGCAAAACAUAUGCCAUAUUAGGGCAAGGCCUACCAUAUCUAAAUAAACUGAUCAUCCAGGAGUUAUGAAUAUCUAUUUUGCAAUAUUUGCCUUCAUGGCACCUGUUGUUAUUGUUAUGAUAACGGUAGGAGUAUCAUGUGUAAUUCAUCGAAGGAGGCACAGUCGCAUUGAACGCUCACUUCAAUGAUGGACGCUCUGGUUCGUGAGUAGCCUGUGUCUGUGAUCGUGUCAGUGUGUGAUUUGUCUGUGUUUACAUGUUUUGUUGUUUUUCCGUUGUAGUUAUAGCCUAUGACAUUUUAUAGGCUAAUGAUGAUGCAUGCGGACAAAUCUUCCCUUCACCCCUCCUUGUGGCGGGGCAGAAAUACCCCCCCCCCCCCACUUCAGUUUCUAUCCUCUCCGGGAGCAUCACUCCGAUUACCAUGGAAGAAACCUUCCUAUCAUGGCGGCUAGAUUCCAGGUGAAGGUAAGAAAUGCGCUGUUCUGGAAACCAAGACGGUAACAGCCAGACAUCGCAUUGCACAGCAAUUUGCCUUGUAAUAGGCUAUUUGGACAAAUUGCUUGUGAGUACCAGUGGAUUGUAGAGUAGCCUGCCUGCACUCAAAUUUUUUUGGGGGGAAUCCUGUUGUUUUUUUGGUAACUACCUGGCUGCCAGUAAUUUAGGGGAGACCAGGGAUGGUUGUAACAUGGGAUAGUUGUAACACUCAAUAUCUCCAAUGAGGAACAAGCUAGAAUUAUGUGACUGGCUGUGCACAUGCUUAGUUUAGUUGUCAACCCUCAUGUGAAGAAGCAAGGCCCUGUGAUAUACAGCAAAUUUUAUUGACAAGAAUCUGAUUUUGAGGUAAGAAAUACGUUCUUUUUUUUUUACCAAAUCAGUUUUUGUGAUGGCAUCACCGGCUUUGUAGUUAGAUUCACCAAACUUUUAUCAGAUUUAUAACCAGUGUGUGUAGAUAUAUUUGAUGUAAGUUAACAAUGCAAGGGUCAGGGUUAGUUGUAACAAGCCUUAGGAGGAAUGGGUGCAGUGCUUGGUAUGCAUAUUAUAGGCCUGUCAUGCCAAAUAGUGUGCCCCCCCCCCCCCCCCCCCCCCUCGCAAGGGGUCUGAAUACUUUCUGAAUGCACUGUAAAUAAGUAGGUAGCGAUGUCAAUCUAAAAUAAAUCUAAAAACAGCUUCAAUUAUUUUUUCCUAUUUAACAAUAUUUUGUUGUAUAAAGACAAAUAUAUGGCAAAGAAAGAGUUUUCUCUUUUUUGUAUUUUCGGUCUUCUGAAUCAGUAGGUAGUCACUGAUUCUGAGGUAAUAUACACUGCUCAAAAAAAUAAAGGGAACACUUAAACAACACAAUGUAACUCCAAGUCAAUCACACUUCUGUGAAAUCAAACUGUCCACUUAGGAAGCAACACUGAUUGACAAUACAUUUCACAUGAUGUUGUGCAAAUAGAAUAGACAACAGGUGGAAAUUAUAGGCAAUUAGCAAGACACCCCCAAUAAAGGAGUGGUUCUGCAGGUGGUGACCACAGACCACUUCUCAGUUCCUUUGCUUCCUGGCUGAUGUUUUGGUCACUUUUGAAUGCUGGCGGUGCUUUCACUCUAGUGGUAGCAUGAGACGGAGUCUACAACCCACACAAGUGGCUCAGGUAGUGCAGCUCAUCCAGGAUGGCACAUCAAUGCGAGCUGUGGCAAGAAGGUUUGCUGUGUCUGUGUCUGUGCUGUGCCAGAGCAUGGAGGCGCUACCAGGAGACAGGCCAGUACAUCAGGAGACGUGGAGGAGGCCGUAGGAGGGCAACAACCCAGCAGCAGGACCGCUCCCUCCGCCUUUGUGCAAGGAGGAAUAGGUGGAGCACUGCCAGAGCCCUGCAAAAUGACCUCCAGCAGGCCACAAAUGUGCAUGUGUCUGCUCAAACGGUCAGAAACAGACUCCAUGAGGGUGGUAUGAGGGCUGACGUUCACAGGUGGGGGUUGUGCUUACAGCCCAACACCGUGCAGGACGUUUGGCAUUUGCCAGAGAACUCCAAGAUUGGCAAAUUCGCCACUGGCGCCCUGUGCUCUUCACAGAUGAAAGCAGGUUCACACUGAGCACAUGUGACAGACGUGACAGAGUCUGGAGACGCCGUGGAGAACGUUCUGCUGCCUGCAACAUCCUCCAGCAUGACCGGUUUGGCGGUGGGUCAGUCAUGGUGUGGGGUGGCAUUUCUUUGGGGGGCCGCACAGCCAUCCAUGUGCUCGCCAGAGGUAGCCUGACUGCCAUUAGGUACCGAGAUGAGAUCCUCAGACCCCUUGUGAGACCAUAUGCUGGUGCGGUUGGCCCUGGGUUCCUCCUAAUGCAAGACAAUGCUAGACCUCAUGUGGCUGGAGUGUGUCAGCAGUUCCUGCAAGAGGAAGGCAUUGAUGCUAUGGACUGGCCCGCCCGUUCCCCAGACCUGAAUCCAAUUGAGCACAUCUGGGACAUCAUGUCUCGCUCCAUCCACCACAGAUGCUUUAGUCCAGGUCUGGGAGGAGAUCCCUCAGGAGACCAUCUGCCACCUCAUCAGGAGCAUGCCCAGGCGUUGUAGGGAGGUCAUACAGGCACGUGGAGGCCACACACACUACUGAGCCUAAUUUUGACUUGUUUUAAGGACAUUACAUCAAAGUUGGAUCAGCCUGUAGUGUGGUUUUCCACUUUAAUUUUGAGUGUGACUCCAAAUCCAGACCUCCAUGGGUUGAUACAUUUGAUUUCCAUUGAUAAUUUUUGUGUGAUUUGUUGUCAGCACAUUCAACUAUGUAAAGAAAAAAGUAUUUAAUAAGAUUAUUUCAUUCAUUCAGAUCUAGGAUGUGUUAUUUGAGUGUUCCCUUAAUUUUUUUGAGCAGUGUAUUUGCGCGGACCGAGCGAGCGCUUAUGAUGUGAAAUAGAUCUAGAACGGCCCACGUCCUCCCUCCCUCCGCGACGCUACGACGUAAAAUAGACGUAAAAACCUUGUCCGUUUGAUUUAGAGAAAUAACACCUAUACCAAUUUGUAAGUUGUUCGUAUCAAAUUUUGAAUUUAGUAGCUCAAACAAUCUCUGAGAAAUUAACAAAAAUGCAAAAAGUGUUACAACCAUCCUCAGUCUUCCCUACCUACAAACAAGUUUUUUAUUUUAUUUUUUAUUUUAUUUUUUACAGUGUGGCUAUUACUUGUUUAAUCGGCUGAUUAGACUGAAGCGCAAAACAUUACAUUGAUCAAUAGGGUAGAAUGCAGGAACUUAUAAAAUAAAUACUUUUAAAAUACUGUUGAGAAAAGCACAUUAUUCUUCUGUUAAUGAUUUUUUCCCUAAAGGUGUACUGUUCAUAACUGUUUAAUUCUUUACCUACACUACUUUGUCAGAAAAAUACUUAGAAUGUCUCCAACAUUAACAUUCAUUUACUGUUUAUGCAUUCAAAACAAGAGUUCAAAUGUCAGUUACCUGUGUGAUAUCAUCGGUCUGAGUAAACUUAUCAAUUUAACAUGUAUAUUCUGAAUGUGGUAAGCUCCUACUUACAUUAUGUAGUUUUACUUACUUACUUACUGACUUAGUCCUCUGUAUUCCUACGCAAAACAUAAGGCAUUCUACAUGUAAACUGCUUGCCUAGUAGCCUACUUAUAAUAGUUUCCACCCCCAGGAUCACCAUCAGUCUCAGACACCAUGGCACAGCCCACACCCCUGGAAGCCUCCCUGGGAGCCCUCAUCAUGGCAUUUCACAAGCACGCUGGCAGUGGAGAGAGAGCUAACCAACCUCAUCAAGGCAGAGCUGCCCAACAUCGCUGGGGUGAGUCAUUGCAACACCUCGGGCCAGUUUCCCGGACACAGAUUAAGCCUAUAGUCCUGGACUAAAUAGCACUUUCAAUUAAGAUUAUCCAUUGCACAUGCUUUUAAAAAAGAUGGAAUCCGCAGUGAGGACAUGGUCGGCCCCACCGCUGUUGUUAUUGUUUUUUCUUUGUUGACAAGGCAUUGGUGAGGAGCGUCUUGCAAUGUGGUAAAAAUGAAACGCAGUACAUAUUCUGCUGUUUUAUCGCGCGUGCAAUGAUAUCCGAGUGAAAAGUAUAAAUUGUUUGCGGUAACUUUUUUGUUGUAAUAUCGCAAACGGUCGUGGCAGUGCGGUAACUUUUUUGUUGUAAUAUCGCAAACGGUCGUGGCAGAGUCACCAUUAGGGAUUCCAGUUUUAAAGUCCAGGACUAGGCUUAAUCUAUGUCUAUGUCCCUCAAGAGCUAGCAAAUGCUAUUCUAAUGCUAUUUUUUAUUGUUAUGUGUUGUGAUUUUAAUAAAAAAUGUACAUGAAAUAAAGUUUAAUUGAGAUUGACUGAUUAUAAUCUCAUUCAUUUAGUAGCCUACUAAUGACAGCAAAGUAUUGAUAUCCUAAGGUAUUGUCUUCCUUGUGAUCCAAUUCCCUGCCCACACGUUCUCUUGACAUGUGUGAAGUGUCAGCCAUUCAGUGCGAUUGACAACAAAAUACUGAAAUCCUAAUGUAUUGCGUCUUCCUUGUGAUCUUAUAUUACAUUGACAUGAGCAGAAGGGUGGUCCUGAAGGAGAUGACCUGAUGAUGAUGCUGGACCAGGACGGUGACGGCGCUGUGAACUUGAAGGAGUACAUUACCCUGAUUGAAUCCCUUGCCUGCAUGUGCAACUGCGUCCUGGAAGGGAAAAUGUGUUUGCAUUUCAUAUAAAGACCCGCCUGCUUCCAUCUGCUUUCUACAGUGUAUUGCAUUAGGCCUACAUGUCACACUAAUAAUGUCACAUAUCUCAUUGAGUAAAUUGGGUAAAUGCCCUCCUCUCUGUGUCCACACGCAUGCACGCACGCCCGCCCGCACGCACACAUAGACACAAAGGGUUGCAUAACUCUGCAAUAACUAUGAGACUGAUCCUCAAAUACAUGCACCCACAUGGAUUCUUUUGUCAGAAAGUAGCUCAGUUGGUAGUGCAUGGCGCUUGCAACGACAGGAUAGUGGGUUUGAGUCCUGGGAACACCGGUACGUAAAAUGUACGCGCGCAUGACUAAGUCGCUUUUGAUAAAAGCGUCUGCUAAAUGGC